UACUCCGAUUUCAGAGCACUCUCGCUCGAGUAUGCAUGAGCCUAGAAUAACUGAUGAAUUUACGAACAUACCAAAAGGCAGUCAAGCGCCCAAGGUAACUGGCUAAAGUUGGCUAGCCUGCUAGUUUUUUGGGGUUGAUAGCUUGCGAACGUAAAUUACUUCCAGACAUUGAGAACACUUCACUCUGACAAUUUUGCUCCAUAGCAGAGCUAGUUAGGCUGUUUUCUAGAGCGUUAGUGACUGUAACUGUGUUGCUAGCAACAAUUUAAUUCCGUUUUUUGUCAUCCUUUACUGACACAUGUCAAAGGGUGUUUUGCGUUCGUAAAUUCAUCAGUUAAUCUGUGCUCUGGCACAUACGAUUCCAAUGUAGUUUCCCCAUCUCCUCAAAAGUAUCACAGGUAUAGCUACCAAUGAUUUGUGUGAUCUAGUUGUACUUUUACUUCCGCAUUUAGAUCUUCUGAGCACAUAACCCCAACUACCACACUGGAUGUAGCUAGCUAGUCGUAGUUUUGACGAUUAUUAGUGUGAGUUAGCUACUAGAUAAUUGAAACAGUUACUGCUUAACUCAAGAAAUAGCUAGCUAUGUCCAAACCAAAGUUUGUUGUGUUUGACCUGGGUAAAUUGUAAAUAUAACUACUGUAACGUUAGCUAGGUAAUUUUAUCUAGCUAUGUAGCCAGCUAACAAUGUUAUGAGAAUGAAGACUCAACAAACCUUGCAUACCUUGUUAAUACCAAAGCAGAACAAGAAGAUUGUCACAGCUAAAGUAGCUUGUCUAGCUAUCUGUCAUGUGUUUCUGUCAUCCUCCAUCAUCUCUGUUUUGUUUUUUUCCUUAUCUCAGAUUAUACUCUUUGGCCCUUCUGGGGGAGUGGUGUUGAAUGCAAGGAGGGAGAAAAUCCAACUGUACCCGGAAACGGUGGACAUAUUGACUUCUCUACAUGGCCAAGGGAUCCAGAUUGGAGUGGCAUCACGCACAGAUGAGGUGGAUGGAGCCAAUCAGCUGUUGUCCCUCUUCAAUCUCAACCAAUACAUAUCCUUCAAGGAAAUAUACCCGGGGUCAAAGGUCCCUCACUUCAAAAAGCUCCAGGCAGACAGUGGAUUCAAAUUCAGUGAGAUGAUGUUCUUUGAUGACGAACACAGGAACAUCACAGCAGUCAGUCGACUAGGUGUGCACUGUGUUCUGGUCCCUGAAGGAGUGACUAUGAAAUUAGUCAAUGAAGCGCUUCUGCAGUUCUCCCAGGGUGCAAAAUGAGGACUUGAGGACAGAGAUGAUGCAAUACAUAUAGAAUGCCUUGCAAAAGUAUUCAUCCCCCUUGGCGUUUUUCCUAUUUUGUUGCAUUACAACCUGUAAUUUAAAUGUAUUUUUAUUUGGAUUUCAUGUAAUGGACAUACACGAAAUAGUCCAAAUUGGUAGAGUGAAAUUUAAAAAAUAACUUAUUUAAAAAAAAAAAAUCUAAAAAUAGAAAAGUGGUGUGUGCAUAUGUAUUCACCCCUUUGCUAUGAAGCCCCUAAAUAAGAACUGGUACAACCAAUUACCUUCAGAAUUCACAUAAUUACUUAAAUAAAGUCCACCUGUGUGCAAGCUAAGUGUCACAUGAUCUGUCAAAUGAUCUCAGUAUAUAUAUACACCUGUUCUGAAAGGCCCCAGAGUCUGCAACACCACUAAGCAAGGGGCACCACCAAGUAAGCGGCACCAUGAAGACCAAGGAGCUCUCCAAACAGGUCAGGGACAAAGUUGUGGAGAAGUGCAGAUCAGGGUUGGGUUAUAAAAAAAUAUCUGAAACUUUGAACAUCCCAUGGAGCAACAUUAAAUCCAUUAUUAAAAAAUGGAAAGAAUAUGGCACCACAACAAACCUGCCAAGAGAGUGCUAUCCACCAAAACUCACGGACCAAUCAGAGAGGCAACAAAGAGACCAUAGAUAACCCUGAAGGAGCUGCAAAGCUCCACAGCUGAGAUUGGAAUAUCUGUCUAUAGGACCACUUUAAGCCGUACAUUCCAUAGUGCUAGGCUUUACAGAAGUGUGACCAGAAAAAAAGCCAUUGCUUAAAGAAAAAAAUAAGCAAACAUGUUUGGUGUUCACCAAAAAGGCAUGUGGGAGACUCCCCAAACAUAUGGAAGAAGGUUCUCUGGUCAGAUGAGGCUAAAAUUGAGCUUUUUGGCCAUCAAUAAAAACGCUAUGUCUGGCGCAAACCCAACACCUCUCAUCACCCCGAGCACAGCAUCCUGCCGAUGAAAACAUCCCCACAGCCUAAUGCUGCCACCACGCUUCACUGUGGGGAUGUUUUUCAUCGGCAGGGACUGGGAAACUGGUCAGAAUUGAAGGAAUGAUGGAUGGCGCUAAAUACAGGGAAAUUCUUGAGGGAAACCUGUUUCAGUCUUACAAAGAUUUGUGACUGGGACGGAGGUUCACCUUUCAGCAGGGCAAUAACCCUAAGCAUACUGCUAAAGCAACACUCAAGUGGUUUAAGGGGAAACAUUUAAAUGUCUUGGAAUGGACUAGUAAAAGCCCAGACCUCAAUCCAAUUGAGAAUCUGUGGUAUGACUUAAAGAUUGUUCUACACCAGCGGAACCCAUACAACUUGAAGGAGCUGGAGCAGUUUUGCCUUGAAGAAUGGACAAAAAUCCCAGUGGCUAGAUGUGCCAAGCUUAUAGAGACAUACCCCAAGAGACUUACAGCUAUGAUUGCUGCGAAAGGUGGCUCUACAAAGUAUUGAGUUUGCGGGGGUGAAUAGUUCUGCACGCUCAAGGCAAAAAAUGUUUUGUCUUGUUUGUUUCACAAUAAAAAAUAUUUAGCAUCUUCAAAGUGGUAGGCAUGUUGUGUAAAUCAAAUGAUUCAAACCCCCAAAAAUCUAUUUUAAUUCCAGAUUGUAAGGCAACAAAAUAGGAAAAAAUGCUAAGGGGUGUGAAUACUUUUGCAAGCCACUGUAUACUUUACCUCUUGGGACAUUGUUGUACUGCCACAAACCUGAUUCAUACAUAAUUUUCCCACUUCAUUCAGUGUUACUGCAAGAUGAGAGCAAUGUUUGAGAAGAUGGACAAAUGUUUUUCUUCAUGGCUUUUUAUGUGUAUAAUCAACGAUACUUCAAGGGUGGCCAGAGCCAUGCAAUCAAUAUGUUAUAAAUUUAUUGAAUUGGAAUUCAAGGUACAUGAAAUAACGUUCUCUGUCUUGUUCUUGAAUUUGACCAAUUCUAUUACACUUAUUAUUACUGCUGCAGAGAAAAUAUAUAAAAGUAUUUUUUAUGAAUAUA